GAAGAUGCAGACAGAGAGAUAGCAGGUGGUGUUCAGGUCUUCAGCGCUCUGAAGGAGUCUGUUGAGAGAAGCCAGGCCGAGCUCAUCGACACGAUCAAAGAGAAGCAGAGAGAGACAGAGAAACAGGCUGAAGGCUUCAUCAAAGAGCUGGAACAGGAAAUCUCUGAGCUGAAGAAGAGAAGCUCUGAGGUGGAGCAGCUCUCACGCUCUGAAGACCACCUCCACCUCCUCCAAAGCCUCCCGUCCCUGAACGCUGCUCCACCCACCAAGGACUGGACAGAAGUCAGCGUCCGUCCACCUUCAUAUGAGGGGACUGUGGGGAGAGCUGUGAAUCAGCUGGAGGAGACGCUCAGUAAACAGAUGAAGAAGCUGCUUGAGGCCGAGCUGAAGAGGGUCCAGCAGUAUGCAGUGGAUGUGACACUCGAUCCUGAUACAGCACAUCCCUACCUCAUCCUGUCUGAUGAUGAGAAACAAGUAAAGUGUGGUGAUGUAAAGAAGAAUCUCCCAGACAAUCCAGAGAGAUUUGAUACUUGUACCUGUGUCUUAGUAAAGCAGAGUUUCUCUUCAGGAAGAUUUUACUACGAGGUUCAUGUUAAAGGGAAGACUGACUGGACUUUAGGAGUGGCCAGAGAGUCGAUCAACAGGAAGGGAAAAAUCAAAGCGAGUCCUCAGGAUGGUUACUGGAGGUUAUGUUUGAGGAAUCAAAAUGAGUACAAAGCUCUUGCUGACCCUCCGGUCAUUCUCUCUCUGAAGUUUCUUCCUGAGAAGGUGGGGGUGUUUGUGGAUUAUGAGGAGGGUCUGGUCUCCUUUUAUGACGUUGAUGCUGCAGCUCUUAUCUACUCCUUUACUGGCUGCUGCUUCACUGAGAAACUCUACCCAUACUUUAGUCCUUGUCCUAACGAUGGUGGUAAAAACUCUGCCCCUCUGAUCAUCUCUCCUGUCAAUCACACUGAGUAGAACAACCAUUUGAUUUUCUACAAUUAAUGUAAUAAAUUUAUAUUUGUUGCCAAUGUGCAGUUUUUCAAGAAUGUUAAAUCAUCACAAAACAACGUCGUCAGAAAUAAGAAGCAUUUACACGUUCCUUAACUUUUUAUUUUCUGAUCAUUGUUUCUAAAAGUGUUGCAUACUGGCACAAAUUACUGAAGAGCAGUUGAUAAAUGAGACAAAAGUCUUUUGUUUUUCUCUCUUUUUCUUUUUAAAUAAACAAAAGCAAAAUAA